UGUUCGACACCGCAGUACGUUUUCAAAUCUCGUGAAGAUACCUGCCCACAUUAUACUCACUGAAAUCAUUCAAUUUUUUAUUAUAUUGCAACCAUACUGUUAAUAUUAUCAUUGAAAUGAAGGUUUUGAUUGCAAUUUCGCUGUUGGCUUUGGUGAAUGUUGCACCUUCAAUGUGUUCUGUGUCGGCAAAAUUUAAAGAGUUCGAGAUCAUCCCGGACAUCCUUAAUGUCGCACCAUCGAAACUUAUUGAGAUCACAUAUCCCAGUGGAGCAUCUGUAAAUCUAGGCAACGAAUUAACACCAACUGAAGUCAAAGACAAGCCAACACUAAAAUGGGACCAUGACGAAGACUCAUUUUACACUGUGAUUUUGAGCGAUCCAGAUGCACCGAGUCGAGCAAAUCCAACCAUCAGAGAAGUGCGUCACUGGUAUGUUGUUAACAUACCUGGAACUGACGUUGUCAAAGGAGAAACAUUAUUCGAUUAUAUUGGUUCGGGUCCACCUAAGGAUACUGGCUUGCACAGAUAUGUGUUCGUUGUUUACAAACAACCGGGAAAAUUGGAAUUCGAUGAACCAAGAGUAUCAAAUAGGAGUCGCACACAACGAUGGAAUUCGUCUACGUUGACAUUUGCUGAAAAAUAUGGUCUCGGCGACCCAAUAGCUGGAAAUUUUUACCAGGCUCAGUACGAUGAUUACGUACCAAUUUUGCAUGCUCAACUCUCGUCCGGCAAUCGGGAUUGAAAAUUGACAAAAAUGAAUCAAUUGCUUCGAUUCUUGGAAUUAUUAAAGCGAAAUGGAAAUUAGAAAUGAACUUUAUUAAUCUUUCA